UUAGGUAGCUCGUCGCCCCUAACCCUCAGUCACAACGUUAACCGCAUCCGUAGCACAUCGUAGAGCUAGAAACUUGUAUACUUUUAUAUAUUUCGAUCGUACUUUCAACUUUCAAGCUACAGAUUGGUAGGUUUUUUGUGACAAAGCAACAUGGAGAACUCUCAGAACGUGGAUAAUCAGGACAAUCAGGAUAACAUUGAAGGUCCUGCCAACGUGGAGGACGCAGAGAACGUGGCAGGCAGCAGCAGCGAGGCAGGAACUACUUCAGUUGAGAUCUACACUUUCAGCGAGUUGUACCAGAAAGUGGCCGCCAUCGAGCUGCCCUCGUUCCUCAAGGAUCUGAUCUACUGGCGCGAUGUCGCCUUCAGUGUCUUCUGGUUCCGGUUUGGAUUUCUGGCAAUCGGAAUCGUCUUCAACCUGUCCAUCCUGAAGCUGCUGGGCCUCACAUGCCUGGUGUUCCUGGGCCACUUCAUAUGCUAUGGGAUUGUGCGCGAGGUGAUCCAGUUCCGUCCCUACGAGGAGUUGCUGGCCCAGCCGGAGUUUCUGACCCUCAACCCGGAGGUGGUUCAGCGGAUGGCUCUCGGGGUGACGAAUUGCAUCAAUCGAUGGAUGGCCACCUUCAAGCACAUCUUCUUGGGAGGCCAUCUUUUUGACAGGCUGCUGGUGUUGCUUCUGCUGGUGGAGUUUCGUGGCGUUUUCACUCUCAUCAGCUUGGAGGCGUUUGUGAAGAUUGUCUACUGUCUCGUCUUCAUCUUGCCGCGUUUCUUUGAGGAGGCCACCUACCGUCUCUAUCGCUACUACUUGGAGGAUGAGCCCACCGACACGCCCCUCUUCUGGAUCCUCACCAUCAUCCUGAUGGCCAAGGACUUCGUCGUGCAGAUCCUUAGAACAGGGCGGCUGGAGAUCCGCAGCCUGCGAGAGGAGGCCGAUCACUUCCAUCAGAUCCAGCAGACCAUGUUGCUGGCACAGCUCAGGGAAUUCGUGAUAAUUGAUGGCCUCGACCUGGACUUGGACCUGGUUAUGGGCGGGCCGAGUGAAGUUUUCGGGCACUCCCUUGAAGAAGUCACUUAGUUAGUUGGGAUCUAAGUUAGUCCAAGUUUAGUUUUCUUAGUCUCAGUUAGUUUUUAGUUAGAAUGGGGAAGUGUCUAGUUAGGGAGUUGCAGAGGUAAGAAGAGUAAUAGGCGCCCCAGAUCUAUUAGGGAUGAUUAGCCACAAAAUUAUAAAAAUAAAAUUUAAAUGUUCAGGGAAAUCAGGAAACAUAGAAUAGAUUAAACACUAGGACUACACAAAAAAUUACACAGGUAAUCCUUAGGUAAGGAUAUGUUCGUGGCAAGUUAUGGCGGCAGGAUCUCGGGUUCUACAGAAGGCCAUCGGAAGGAUAUCAAGAUGGAAGAAUGCCUCAGAACUCCAGGACAGAAUCUGAAACCUUGGGCACAGGACUAGGAGAUACACAGGACUAGGACAAGGCGCCGAAGGACACACAUCGGAGGGAUCGAGGAAUCACUUGGAGGACGAAACCUGGACGUCAGUUGCAAUGUAAUAAUAAACACUUUCCACUUGCACACUCAUUUACAAACAUUUCUCGACCAAUCGUUGUGUACAAAAAUUUCUACACCGAAACAAAGUACACUGAACAAAAAGAAAUUUAUGUGCAUUUUCGACAAUAGGGAGGAUGCUUUAGAAUUGAAAAAAGGUUAAUAUAAAGGCUUUAAGGAAAAUCA